UCUCCUCUAGUCAAACCCUUGUCGAUCCCCUUGCUUCCCGGCUCCGGCGCUCUCCCCACAGCGAGGUUCAUCUCGAUCCGGUGCUAAUCCGGCCCGGACCGGCGAUCCCUCCCCCUGACUUGCCGGCUAUCCACGCUGAUCUCGCGGCCGCCGUAUGCCGGUCGCACCCAGAAUCACCACGUCCUCGACGACUACGGCAUCAGGACAACCACGCCCACGCUCUUGGUCUUCCUCGCCUGCCGCUGCAUCGCCCGCCCUCCUUGGCCACGGAAAGAUCACUAGAGAUCAGCCAGCGAUCCUCCAUUCGUGCGUGCCACCAUGGAAUUUUUGGCAGCUGACUGGUCCUCGCUCCCAGCCGACCUCCUCAACCGCAUCGCCGACCGCUUCCUGGCCACCAGUGACGUCGAUUACUACAUGGAUUUCCGUGCCGUCUGCCGUCGCUGGCGCUCCACCACCCAAGACCCCAAGAAUUCCCCGGACCCUCGCUUCCACCCCCGUCACUGGGUCAACAUCAACGGAGCCUCUUGCCGCUCCAACACGCGCCUCUUGGUGAACACCGCCACUGGCCGAACCCUGCGCCAGGAACUCGGUCUGCUCCGUCACUUUAACAUUAUCAGUACCACCACAGAUGGUCUCCUUGCUUUGAUGGACUGUACACCCCCCCACAAUACAUGCGUCCUCAAUCCUUUCACAGGCUACUUGAUCCGUUUUAUGGCGCAGCGACCCGGCGAGCUCGUGGAAUAUGCUGCCCUCGAGUCCGGUUCUCCACCCACCAUUUUCUUUUUCUGCAAGGACUACAUGGAUGAUAACUGGGUUAUACACGAAUCAUCUCGCAAGGUCUACAUGGCUCAGCCUGACAGUGAGUCUCUCGCCAUCUAUGAGGACAGGUGUGCUUUCCCUUUGAUCAGGCUGGCUGCCAGCGGUAUCUACACUAUUGGUGGUGCUGACCUUGGAUCUUUGACCAGAAGGAUUUUUGAUCUAAUGAGGUUUUACAUGGCCGAUCUUGCUGAGAUAUCUGACAAUGACUAUACCAUUAUGUCGGACGAAAAAUCUUUAUGGAAGCUUUGUGUAGGACGUUGUUUCCUAACGGAAUCAGCUGGAAAAGUGUUGAUCAUCAUGAAGCUAGCACAUGGCGUCGUGGUCUACAGAUUACACACUCACAACUAUAAACUCGAGCAUGUGGAGGACAUUGGCAACUGUGCCAUCUUCUUAGAUCUGUAUUGUUGGUGCUUGUGUGUUAAUGCCGAUAAAUUUCCAUCAGUCCACGCCAACUGCGUCUAUUACCAGAAAAGCCGACUAGCUGUUGCUAAUUAUAUGUGCAUGUAUAAUCUCAAGUCCGAGAGAGAAGAAAGAGUUGAUGAAAAAUUUGAGCAUCUUCUUUUGGACCAAAGGCUGUCUCGGCUUUAAAUUAAUAAAGCACUGAUCGGCUACAAGUACAAGAACAGCACACAAAUUCAACUCAACGCUACUGGGGAUACGACUCGAUACACGCAUACGUACAAGAACACAAGUAUUCAGCCUCUUUGCCAAAGCUUGAAGGGAGUGUAGGCUUCCAUAUUGCUGAUAAUGGCUGUCAUCUUUAAGUUUGAUGUUACUUUUGUAAUAAGAUUGUCAUGGUUUGAGUUUGUUUAAGCCGAGACUUUACUUUUGUAAUAACAUGGUAAUAAUGGUUCCAGUAUGUUUUAAGCCCA